GCAAUAUAAAUAUACACAUCCCCUAACUCUCAAUUGCUCAUCAAUCAAAUAGAUAGCUAUAGAACUUUAUUUGACUUCCAUUUUUUCAAAAAUGGGAUACAAAUUACUAUGCGUUCUUGUAGCAGUGACCUUUGUUAUGAUAACAAAGGUGCCAAAAAAUGUGAGUGCUCAAAAUUGUGGGUGUGCUGAAGGGUUAUGUUGCAGUCAAUAUGGGUAUUGUGGCACCGGUGACGCAUAUUGUGGCACAGGAUGCCAACAGGGUCCUUGUUAUAACCCUCCAAGUUCCUCUAACAAUGUUAAUGUGGCUGACAUUGUCACACCACAAUUCUUCAAUGGCAUAAUUGAUCAGGCUGACUCUGGUUGUGCUGGCAAGAACUUUUACUCACGAGAUGCUUUCAUUAAUGCUCUCAGUUCCUAUGACCAGUUUGGUAGAAUUGGUUCUGAGGAUGACUCCAAACGCGAGAUUGCAGCUGCUUUUGCCCAUUUCACUCAUGAAACUGGACAUUUUUGUUACAUUGAAGAGAUUGAUGGUGCAUCAAAGGACUAUUGUGAUGAAGACAAUACACAAUAUCCAUGUGUUCCUAACAAAGGCUACUAUGGGCGUGGUCCGAUCCAACUAUCUUGGAACUUCAACUAUGGACCAGCAGGACAAAGCAAUGGAUUUGAUGGAUUGAACUCUCCUGAAACAGUGGCGAAUGAUCCUGUGGUGUCUUUCAAGACAGCAUUAUGGUACUGGAUGCAACAUGUGCGCCCUGUCAUUAACCAAGGUUUUGGUGCAACCAUAAGAGCCAUUAAUGGUCAACUUGAAUGUGAUGGUGCCAACCCCACCACGGUUCAGGCUCGUGUUAAUUACUACACUGAGUAUUGUAGACAAUUGGGUGUUGCUACUGGUGAUAAUCUUACUUGCUGAGUUUGCUAGCCACGCUACACAUAUAUUUGAUUAUGCGGCAUAGUAUAGUAUGAAUAGUUGAUGUCAAUAUAUCAUCUUGCACAAGUCAUUUUUUUUGUAUUCCACUAUUAACACCAUACUUGUGGUCAAUAAAGAAUUGGAGGCUUGUUGCCUU